CACGUAAACGUACGAAUGACGUUAUUUUGAAAUUUCAGCGGUGAAGCGUUUGUUAUGUUACGGGAGGGAGUUGCACUGUAACCUUAUCGUUACGGUUGGAAAUCUAAAAUUAGUGACGUGCCGUGUAUUAGAAAUGUCUUUUUCAAGAGCCCCGUUGAAAAGGUUCAACGACAACGUAGGUUGUGCCCCUCCGCCGGGGUCCUAUGAGAUUAAGCCCGAGGAUCCGAAGGGAGCAGCUUCCUUCGAGAAAUCUGACCGAUUCAGACCUGUUAAAGCAGCCGCUCUGCCACCGCCAUCGCCCUCCAGAAAUGCCCUUGUGUCGCCUGUCCGUAGGAGUUUGUCGGUUGAUGGCCUUGUUGAAGGGUCAAAUGUAAAGAAAGAGAAGAAUGGCAUGACAAUGGAAAGGAAGCAGCAGAAACUGUUGGAGAAAGAGAUAAGGUCCCUGAUUCAGCAGCGAGGGGAGCAGGACCGACAAUUGCUGGUUCUGGAAGAGGACCUGAAAAAGGUGGAGGCCAAGCUGCUGGCUGCAGUCAGGGAAAAGACAGGACUUGCUGCCAAUGUUACCACCCUUGAACGACAGCGGGUUGAGCUCAAAAGGGUCAAUGAGUUCCUGAAGAACAAGGUUUCUGCUGACACUACAAAAAAAAGAAUCAAUUCUCUCACAAUGGAGCUGAUGGAGGCCAGGAACACUUUGGAUGUUAAAAACAAGGAGUUAAGUGUCCUGCAGAUUAACACUGAAGGCCAACUGAAAGUGCUAGAAACUGACCUCCAAGCUGCCAGGGCUACUGUCACUGCUCUAAAGGAUAGGAACAAAGACUUGGUGGACCUUCAUCAAGUGACCAGAACUCACAAUGAAGAGUUGGAGCUUGAGAAUGCCAAAUUGCACGCUGUGAUACUGGAAUUGAGGGAGGAGAUCAAAGUUGUGCAGGGAUACCUGGAUGCAGCCAAUGAACAGAUCCAAGAUCUCCGCUUGAAGCUCAGAGAGAAGACGCAAGAGGACACUGUUGCAGAUUCUCAAGUUCUGGAGAAAAUAAAGCAACUGGAGACUGAACUAGAGCAGCGCACUACUGAGCUAGAAAGUGCUGAAGAUGUGCUAAGACAAAAAGAAGAAUCAGCUCAGAAAUUCCAGAAAGAACUUCAGGCAUCAAAGGAUGCUUUAGUGGAGAUGGAGAAGAGGUUAGAGCACCAAGAGCUGGAGCUUAUGUCCUCACAAAAGUCAGCAAGUAACACAGAGGAGCAAAUAAGGAAGGCCAACCAAAAAUUUCAAGACUCUCAGGCAACCGUUCGACAGCAGGAGGCUGAACUUGCUAGACUAAGGGAGGUGCUCAGAAGGACGGAGAAGGAGCUGGAUGAGAGAGUGGCGCAUCUUGAACAGAGGUAUCUGUUCUCUGAGGAAGAGAGAAGCAAGACUCAGGAGGAGGGGCUGAGGAGGGUGGAGGAGCUGAAGACGGAGCUCAUCCUGCUAAAGGAGGCUAAAAGAGAUGAGAAAAAGAGACAGAUUCAGCUCGAGCAAGAACAUGCUGCUCUUACAGAGGAACUGACGAGAGAAAAGGCACUCGUGGACUCCCUGUCUGUGCUGGUGGAACAGGAGAGAGAGGAGUCUGAAGACCAGUUGAGAAAGCUGAAGGAGGAGAUGGAGGAGGUCCUGGGAGAGCUUGCUCUCCUGGAGGAUCAGGAGCACAGGAAGCAGGAGGAGGCAGAGAAGAGUCAGGAGGCUAUCCAGAGGCUGCAGGAGGAAAACAACGAGCUGGAAAGACAGCUGAAUAAUACCAGGGGUCUACUUGAGAGUAAGAGCAAUUAUAUGGCAGCUUUGAAAGAGGAGCAUUUAGCAGCCAUGAAAGAACUUCAAGAGGCACAUGCAGAAUCACUGAGCAAGAUGGCAGACAUUGUUAAAGAGCUGGAAAGCACCAAAGAGGCUCUGAAUGAAGCAGAGGGGAGACAAAAAUCACUGGAAGCAGAGGUAGAGAGAGUGACCCAGCAGGUGAAGGAAGAGACGGACAAAGUGGUUGAACAGAAAGAGGAGGAAAUCAGUAGUUUGAAGGAGGGGUUACAGGAGCACCAGGAGAGACAGUCAGCUGAAGUGAAAGCCGGGGAGGAAAUUUCAAGAAAGUUGUUGGAGGUGAAGAUUUGCCUUGCAAAGAAAGAGGAAGAGAUGAAGGCCAUGGAGGCGAGCCACACUGUCCUGAUCCAUCAGCUACAGCAGGAGCUACAUCAGACACUGGGGCAACUAGAGGAACAGAGAGGUCAGAGUAUUGCUCAGCUUCAAAAUGAAAAGGAAAAAGCACAGGAACUGCUAAAGGAGGUCAGCCAGGAAAAAAAGGAAAUAAUAGAACAGUUCCAGAAAGAAAGAGAAGAGAGAGUUAAAAUUCAGACAGCCCUCCAGGAGGAAAGGGGAGCAUUAGAGAUGGAAAGGAAAGACCACCAGCAGGCCAGGUCAGAGGUGCUCAGACUACAGACUGACCUUGAAAGAACAGACAAGGAAAACAAGAGUCUUCUGUGUCAAGUAGAACUCAAAGACCAGUCCAGGCUUACUCUUGAAAAUCAGCUUAACAUGGCGGAGCAGGAAAAAAAUCUGCUUCAAUCUCGCCUGGAUGAUAUUGAACAAAGGGGGUUCAGCUUCCAGACCCAAUUAGACCUUGUUGAGGAGAAGAUGCAGGCCAUGCAGUCCGAGUUGGAAGAGCAACGGAAAGACCGACGGGCUCUGCAGGAGCAGGUAGAAGUACUGACUCAGGAAAAGGUUACACUACAGUGGGAAUUGGAGGAGCAGCGACAUGAACUCCAGAGACAAAUAACUGAAGCACAGGAGAAAAGCUCCCCAAGCUCUGAGUCAGAACACUGGAGGAAACAAUAUGAGGAGCUGUUUGCAAAAGUUGGGCCCUUCCAGGAGCAGCUCAAUGCGUUCGCAGCAGAGCGAAAUGCACUACUCAAUGAAAAUGGAGCAAACCAGGAGGAGUUAAACAAGCUGUCUGAUGCUUACGCUCGUCUGCUGGGCCACCAGAACCAGAAGCAGAAGAUCAAACACGUGAUGAAGCUGAAAGAUGAGAAUAUUUCCCUAAAACAGGAGAUAUCUAAGCUUCGGACUCAGGUGAACCGGCAGAAGAGUGAUCUGGAGCAGCUCAAGUCAAAACUCCCCGGUGCACCUCGCCGCAGGUUUGAUCCCAGCAAAGCUUUCCAACAUGACAAGGAGAACAGGCAAACUGAAACGAGUGAACCUCUUAAAGACGGAAAUCACUAUGUGUAAUGGAGCUCUUCUGCCAGACAAGAACCGACAACUAGUUGGCUGCCAAGUUUAAUUUAUAUGGUCUGAGCUUAGUUUUGCAGCCUUUUGUGUCAAAUUGUUACAUAGAGCAUGAGGAUUUAUGCCAUCUGUUUUUGAUUUUAAAAAGCAAUGCUGGGAGCAGAUUGUGUAGCAUGUGUGUGUGUGAGAGAGAGAAAGAGUGACAAUAAUGAGGAAAUAGAUAAACGCAAUCCAGAGAACAAAAGUCAUAGUCAGCGUAAAAAUGUGAUAUGAUGCUUUUUAUUGUUUAAUGUGUUUUGGAAUUUUACCUGUGUGACUUCCUUUGCAAUUCUUAGGAUAGCACAACCAGCAACUAUUUCUUUCAAAACAGCUCUUAAUGAAACUUUCUUCUUUGUAAAUAAGCAAAUAAACACUCUUCUUAAACAAAA